GCCGCCUUCUGCGUGCCGCGCUCCGCCUCCAGUCACAUUAAUGUUUUCAUCUCGCGGGCAUGGAGGCGCCGGCUAGUUAGCUGACAUGGAGCUGUCCACGAUUAUAAAGAAGACUGGCCACCAGCUGGCUGAAGUGCGGGAGCGAGCGCUCAGGAACCUCCUGUCUAAGCUGGAGCAUGGCCUCCUCUGCGUCCCCGACCUGGCCCAGGAGAAGCUGCUGCUCCUCAACCUACUCGAGUGGUUCAACCUCCCGGAGGUGCCGGCACCAGAGGAGGCGCUGCGGCUGCUGGCCAUGCUGGCUGAGCACCCCGGCGCAGCACAGAUGCUUCAAGACGCCGGCGCAGUGGAAUUCCUCAGCCAGCUCUCCCCGAAGCUGGAGGCACCGCUGCGGUCCGUCAUCGACGGCAUCCUCGAGCGAUUCUUCCGACUGCCAGAUGCGCCUCUAGAUUCCCCUGCAGAACAUCAGCAAUCAGCUUCUGAUACCAGAGCCGCUGCCUUCCCAUGCUCUGUCCAAGAUGAGGUGCCAGUCACGGGGUACUUCCAGAGUAGCCUGGGCAAACUGAAAUGGGCAGAGGCUCCCCUGCAAAGUGCACCUGUGAGAAGUUCAGUAAAAUGCCUGAAGUUUUGCACUUUUCCUUGGCUGACGUUGACUACGACCGACCGCCACAUUUUAGCAUCGAAUGAGAGCUCUCUGCAAAGUAGCAACCACAGCUUGGUCCGGACCACUUGUGAUCUUCUGCAGAAUGUCAUCAUGCAGGACUUCCCUGCUGAAAUAUUUCUACAGCGACCGACUAUCGUGCAGAACCUCCUGUCCCUUCUUACCCUGAGCAGCGGGGGCCACACCAGUGACCUGGUGAUGCGUGCCGUUGCGUGCCUGCAGCAGCUCUGCAUCAACCUGCGCAGCAGGCUCCGCUUUCACAGGGACCCGAGUUUCCACUCGGUUAAACAAGACACGCUGUCCCAGAACUCCUCGCUGUCCCACCCUCAAGAAGCGCACGGCGCUCACCUGUCCCCGGCAUCCCCCCCGGGCGAGUCCAGCCCCAGGCCCUCAGUGCUGGGCCGCACUGGCCAGAGGGCCAGAGGAGAUGGCCAGGAUGGGGAUGUCGCCAGUUCCAGCAGUGGCAGUUCCCGCCUCCGGGCUCCCUCCGAACCCCCCUUGCGAUCCCCGGUGGACCCGGCCCAUCUGGAGUCGCUGGAGACGGAGGCCGAGGACACGGCAGACCUGCAGCUGCGGCAGCUGAGCCUGGCCCAGCUGGGCGCCGCUGUGGUGCAGCGUGCCGCACCGCUGCUGGAGACAGAGAGCAUGAAGGUCUUCCUGCGCAUCCUGGAGCUGCUGUCGGAGACGCUGCCGCUGCUGGCAAGCAGCGUGUCGGAUGCCGUGUGGGAGGACAGCGGCUUAAUUGGCCUGGACUUGAAAGAUAAGCUGCUGACGUCCCUCGGCUAUUUGGGGGCCGUUUUGCAGCGCCACGGCAUCUGUUCGUCUGAUGCGUCUGAGAUGUCGCUCAUCCACCACCGGAUGGCGUACGUGGGCACCGCCGUGUUCACCAUCCGGCUGCUUCAGACCCUCCUUCCCGUGGAGAAGGCCGGGGACAAUCUCCCAGAGAGCACCAAGGAGGAGCUCUUUCUCCUCUGCAUGGACGUGCCCUUCCGGUUGGCCUACCCAGGCGUCCACGAGUCCGCCGUGGCCUACCUGGAGCAAGCAAGCCCCGACAAACACUGCUUAUACCAGCGGGCGGCGCAGUCGGCGUGCUUCAUGGAGUCCACCUGCGCAUUUGUCAGGGAGGCCCACACUCAGGGAGAGGGGAAUUUCUCAGAGCUGUUGGAGUUAGCAGAGCAGGCCAUUCAUGGACUUCCAUACCAUAAGCAUCUGCCUGUCAUCCAGAAGUGUGUCCAGAUCUGCUGCAAUGUAUGGAAAUCGGCACAGCCGAAUCCCGGACUCCAGAAGGAAAGUCUGAAUGUUUUCCUGAAGCUGCUCUCUCACCCGCUGGUGUUUGUGAGGACAGAGACAUACACCUGUACCCUAAACAUCGUGAAGGAUUGUCUUGGAGUCCAGAAUGUGGCCCGGCCUGGGUUUCCGUCCUGCCUUGGGGUUAACUUCCUGCUUAAUACCCGCGUCCUGUAUGAAAUCUCAGCUUUUGGCCUUCAGGACCAAGCUGAGCUGGUGAAUUCCGCUGCCAAGGAGAUCCUCCUAUUCCUGCUGAAGGGGCAAUUACUGAUGACAGCUCCAGCCUGGAACAGAUUCUUAGAGGAGCUUCACCCCAUCCUGCCCAUAUUGCAGGGUCACGCCGAUGCUCCGGACCCUCUGGGCAGCUGCGUGCUGCUGAUCUGUGAGCCAUCGGGCGGGAUGGUGUCCGACGCGGCCAGAGCGAGGGCCGCCAUGAGGCUGCUUUUUGCCAGGCGGAGCGCAGUCCGGGCUGCUGCGGUCAGUCACCUGACGCCUCAUCUGAUUGGUGGCUCUCCCCGGGCUGCUGUGACCCAUGACGAUCUGUCCGCGCUGCCGUCCCUGUACAUCCUCCACAAGCAUGUCGAUGUCAAACUCAACGAGUCAGACAGGUCGUUCCUGAAGGAGGAGUCUGUCAGUAAGCUGUACGGUGUCCUGACAUCGGAAACUGUGGACCUGGCGCUCAGGAAGGCGGCUGCAGACCAGCUGGGGGUUGCGCUGCAGGACACAGCAUUGCACUCGACUCUGAAGGAGCUGGGCGUGACGGACAGGAUGAUAUCCUUCUUGGAAGAUGGCGUGGCCAGGAACGUCAAGAGCAUGGACUGCCUGUUGGAGCCCUGUUUCCGGAUCCUGAGGAAGCUGGUGUUUGCCGAUGCCAGUCUGCGACACUCCCUGGCCCAGCGAACCCCGCUCCUCAUCACACUGCUCAAAGCUUCGUUAACGGUGAAGCAGCUCAAGGGCGACGUCAGGGAGGCGGCUGUGCUCAUGUGCCUGCUGCUCUUCGACGGUGUGGCAAGGCUCCGUCUGCGGACUGACGAAUGCAGUUCUCCCAUCAAGUCUCCUUUCUCGCUUCCCGUGUCCGUGAUUAGGAGGUACAGCCUUCCGUUCCAGGCGGCCGUACACCACGCGGUGAGCCCCCACUGCGUUGUGGUGCCCCCGCACUCAGACCUCCUGGCCUUGCGUCCUGCCUGGGAGAUGCUGCAGUUCACCUGGAAUCGGGCCUGGUAUUUGUCAGAGCAGCGCCUCCUGGAGGCCGCGGAGGAUCACAACAGCGAUGUACCAGAGUUCCUGGACGCCCUGAAGCUCUCCGCCUCACAGGCACUGGUGCUCAGCGUGAGCCGCAGCCCCAGCGGGCUGCAUGACUGCCUGAGCCGCAUACGGCGUGCCGUCUCGCAUGCUGCAGUCUCCGUGGCCCUGGCCCACGCGCGCUGCUACCUGCUGGCCGACGCUCUGGCCCUCGAACCCGGCACUUGCGGCAGUCGGGCUGCGCUGAGCUCCCUAGACUUCCACAGCGCGCUCCAGAGGUUCCUGCAGGUUCUUCCAGCGAGUUCGGAUGACGAGAGACUCCUCGCGGACGUGGCCCACUUCCUCCGUGUGGUUUUCACGCCCCAGGGUCAAGGCCCUGAUGAUAAGGCCCUUUUGUGGCUUCUCGAGCUGCUCGGCACCCCGGAGACCGGCGCCUUGCUCUCCCUACUGGCCGGGGCGGAGACCCCAGGAGGGGACACCUCGCAGCUGCAGGUCAAUGAGAGGCUCCAGAAGGAGCUGACGGCCUUAUUCUGCACGGUGCUGCACUGCCUGGGGCAGACCUCGGACAGGGCUUGUCGGGCUCUGGGGGGCGCCGUGCAGACACAGCUGGCCACGCGGCUGCUUCGGUGCCUGCGGGUUUCGGACGCUCCUCACUUCUACGGCCUGCCCUCUCUGGAGAGGACGUUGAGGGCCAUGGUGUGUCUCAGCGCCCUGCCUGGCUGGAGCACCCAUGGGGGUGGCCUGGAGUCACGCAGCCUCUGUCUCAAGUAUCUGAGCGGCCUCCUGGAGAUCAUUUCUUCAUUCUAUGUGGAAUGGGGAGGGAAUUCGAUGUCCUUCAUGGGAAAAGGUGUCACUAAGAACACAGUCCUGUGUCUGCUGCAUUUGUCCCAUGAGAUGAUGGCUGAGGCCACGAAUGCGGAGUGGCUGCCACUCUGGUCGCUGACGCACGAGCUUCCUGAGGAGCAGAGUGCACAAGGCCUGGGCCUGGCCUGGCUCGUGCCUCUCUGGGUGGACAGGGACCCGGAGGUGAGAUUCGCCAGCCUCAGCAUCAGCUCGGCGCUGACAUCCCUAAAGCAGGGCUGCAUAGCCCUCGCUGCCAGCUGCCAGAACAUCUCAGGGGGGCUGUGGGCCACACUGCUGAAUAUGCUGCUGGACCAGCAGGAGUGCAGCAUGGUCCGCAGGGAGGCCGCUUUUAUUCUGCAGAACUUGCUUGUGAUGCCCAUGCCCGCCAGGAUGGAUGAAGCAGAGGAUUUUUCUUGGCCGGGUCCGUGUGUCCACGACGACGUGUCCGGCCUGUCACUAGCGGGCCUCCCAGCCCUGCGGGCGCUCCUAUAUCACUGCCACUUCUUCGAGCAUGUGAGCCAAGCAGUGCGCUGCUGCUUCAUGGGCCGGUUCUCUUUCGAGCUGGACUUCCCCGCUUACCCAGAGGGCGGCGUUGACGGCGGCGAUAACUCGCUGAUGAGCUGGAGAGAUCCUUCUGCGGCGUUAGAUCGCAGCAGCAUGUCCAGCUCGCGCUCCACUUCCAGCACCCUGAUUGGCCGCGAGGCGCUGUCGUCCUCCCCGCCGUCACCAAAAGCGACUCCGGAGGCGGACGCCAGCAGACUCCUGGCUCAAGGCGAGAGCGAUGCGGACCCAAGCGACAACGGCGUCUCCCAGGAUUCCCGGCAUGCAGAGCCGGCUGUCUCGCGUGCCAUCGUCACCCCCCAGCUGGUGUCCGCGCUCUGCGGCCUGCUUGCCAACCUGGCGUCCAUUCAGCCAGAGUUCACCAUGAGCGCACUGCGGCAGCACUGCAUCCUUCCCUCCCUCGCCAGCUUGGUAGAUUCUGGAACAAUCGAGCGGUGUCUUUGUGACCUGAGGAUGUCGGGGCUUCCUGGUGGUGACGCAGAUGCCAUGAGCCAGGCCCAGAGUCUCCUGCAGUUCCUCUCCAGCUUUGCAGGUCUCCUGCAGACCUGCAUCACGCUGAGCACAGAGCUGCUCUCUCAGAUGGAGGCCGAGAUGCCCGCCCUGCUCGUCGGCAUCUUCACCGCACUCACCGCCAACCUCCAACACCUCGACUCCCCGUCUCGGGACACCGCACACCACACCUGGGCCACCUUGUUUACGCUCCUGGCGACGGCGCUGAGGCAGGACGCCCCCGCUGUGUUUCCAUCUGUCUCCGCAGUGAUGGCCCGGUGCUGGCAGCCAUUGGCGGGUACUGUUUCGCUCUGCGUCCAGCUCUCCCCCUCGGAUCCUGCGCUCUUCUCGGCAGCCAUGAGCUUUCUGUGUGCCGUCCUGACUGAGCAGAGCAGGAGGCGUGCACGCGGCGCUCCUGAAACGCCCCUGUCCGUCCCACUCAGUGGCCGCCCCGGGGGCCAGCUCUGCGAGCUGCUGCUGCAGUGUUUCGAGAAACAACCGCUCCAGGACCCCCUGAAGAAGGUAACAUCCAGAGCGUUCCUGUCGCUCCUGGCCUGCAGCCCCAGCGCACAGAGCUACGCAUGCAGAGCCGGCCUGGUGGACACACUCAUCGAGAGGCUGAGGAACAUCCAUCUGCAGCUGCAGCAGGAAUCGCUGAACCCUGGGAAGGCGGCACAGAAGAAGAAGGAAGAGAGUUGCUUGAGAGAGUUGAAGCUGGUCUUGCAGCUGCUGCGGAACUGCCUGUACCGUAAUGAGGAGUGUAAGGCCUCUGCCUGUGACUCGCGCCUGGCCUUCGCUGUCGCCCCCCUCUGGCCUUGGUUGCUGCUAGACGACCGCCUGAUGGAGGCUGCCCUGGAACUGCUCUGCGUCUUCACGGCCAGCUGCGGCCCAGCCUGCAGCUCGCUGUGCUGGAGUGGCCCAGGACACGCUCCCGUCCAGAGGACCCCCACCGGGGGCUCUGUGCUGCAUAGUGUCAUGAAGUUGGCCACGCUGCUGGCGCCUGAAAACAGCGGCCAUCAGCGCCUGGCCUUCUGCCUGUUGGCCAAUCUGGCAGCAUCCCGCGACUGUAAGGGGCUCCUACAGAAGAGCAAUUUCUUUCAGCAUUUUCUGGCACUGUCUCUACUGAAGCCCAGCUCAAAGGCCCCCAGUCCUGCCCUGAGCCUCUGGCUGAAGGUGCUCCUGAGUUUGUCCUUCAGCGAAGAUGGCCAGCAGAUGAUUCUGAAGAUGGACGGCGCACUGGAGCUGAUAGCGGAGCUGGCACUGCACAAGCGGGACAGCCACCGGCCGCUGACCCUCCUCAUCCUGCAUAAUGUCAGCUUCUGCUCUGCCAACAAGGCCAAAGUCCUGGCCAGCGCUAAAUCAGUCAGCGUUCUGGUGUCCUGCCUGGAGAGCAACCAGCUUCACAUCUGUGCCAUCGGAGCGUCGGCUCUUUGGUCACUGCUGCACAAUUAUCAGAAGGCUAAGGUGAUUCUGAAGAAUCCGUCUAUCAGGAUUAAGGCAGAAGAGGCGUUUACCUCGGCACAGGAAGAUGCAGAAAAAAACAGAGGUGAACCCCUUAACUCCUAUCUACUGAAGUGCCUUGAAAACCUCACCCAGCUUUUAAAUCAUUAGCUGCCUCUCUGAAUUCCUACAAACAUUCCCGUUUAUCCUGCUUCCCAUCAUUUUCAGUUGCACGGAAAUCUUUUUACAGGUUUCUCAAAUGUCUUUUUUUGUAUUUAUUUUUCUUACAAUUUUAUAUGGUCAUUUUGAGUGUGAAAUCAAAUUAAAGCGUAUGGAAUGUAUUAGCCAAAA